AUGGCGACUCCUCAAACAAUGAAGAAAACAUGCAGCAUUCUCAUGAUUGUAGCUAUAUUUAUGAUGAUGUUUUCAGCACAAAUUUCUCAUUCGAUGAAUGUAGAAAUGUGUGUCAAACAUUGCAUCCCGAAUCAGUGCAUGAAAGUGGUGAAAAACCCUGAUCCGGCUAUGUGUGAAGAAGCUUGCAAAAAGCUAUGCAAGAGUCAGUUAAACGGUCGUCAAGAAUACCUCGUUCCCCCGAAGGAAGGUCGUGGCACUACAAUUGGCAAUGCCAUAUGCCAAUUUUUUAAAAAUGGCAAGUGCCCUUGA